AUGGAUGUAGCAGAGAGGGAGCGGUACGAGAAGGAAUCCCAGGAUCUACGUGUACAGCUCAAGACGUGGGAGAACACAUGGGCCAAGGAGCACGAGGGCAAGAAGCCCAGUCGAGAUGCAAUCAAGCAGAACCCUGAUAUCGCCCAAAAGUACAAAACUUACAACAGACUCCGAGAUAUCAUCUCCGGCAAGAUCCCGCCUCCGCAGAAAAAUGAUAGUCAGUCGAGGAAGCGCAAGUCGGCACCCGCUACCGAGACUCCGUCGAAGAAGACCCGGACGCAGACACAAACUCCUUCAAACGCUCGCUUCCAGAACCAUCCCGAUGCAGUCGCGACCCCCUCGACGGCGCGGAAGCUCUUCAGCCCGGCCGUACCUACCUCCAUAGGUCCUACACCGCAGCGUGAUGGGCGAGUGCUCGGCCUGUUUGAUUUGCUGCCGAGUGCCGAGGCCGCCACGCCGUCGCGCUCCACGGGAGAGGGGAAAGCACAGUAUCUUGCUGGUGUCCAAGCUACCCCGAGCAAACAGACAGGCACGGGUGAAGUCGAUAGCGACACCAAACUUGGCCGGACGCCGGUAUCAUCUGGCAAACGGAACAUGCUCGACAGCUUUAUGACGCCGCUCAAGAAUCGAGAUGCAAAUUCCCAAGGCCUACUACGAACACCCGGUUCAGUAUCGAAAUUGCAAUUCGCCACGCCUGCCUUCCUGCGGAGGGCUCCGCUGGCGCCGGUGGACGAGAAUGGCGCAUUCAAGUCCCCGGACCCGAUCAGAUUACCCCGGAAACCUCUUGUACGUGGUCUCAGUAGCGUGGUGGCAAGUUUACGCAAGCUGGAGGAGGAGAAGCUGGAUGACGACCUGGAGGCAUUGCAUGAGAUGGAGAACGAGAUGAACCAGCCGAAGCGGACAGCCAAGGCCAAACCUGAACAGGACGACACGAUUGUUGAAGACAGCCAGGUGCAUCUGCCAUUGGGCGGCUUUGACGACGAGGGCAUGUAUGACAGUGCCCCAGAAGAAGGGGGCCUGGAUCGUGGACAGCCGUUGAAGGUGUACAAGAAGAAGGGGCAGAAGCGCACAACGCGCCGGGUCAACAUGAGACCAUCUAGGGCGAAGAGGCCCGCAUUGGGCAACGGAGAUGAGGAUGAGGUGGUGCCAGAGACGCAAGUGGACACCACGACGGCGGGUGCGGAUGGCGCUGCUGCCGAUGACGUGGGCUCUGGGUCCGAGUUUGCCGACUCGGGAGACGAGGGUCAGAAGCCAGCCAAGAAAACUGCUGCGCCCAAAGACGGCAAGAUCAAACGGGCGGCAAAGAAGGUCAACGAGCUGGCCCACGCCAACUUCAAGAGGUUGAAGCUGCGGAACAAUGGGUCAAAGGGUGGUCCUGGCUACAACAGCAAGUUCAGACGGAGACGUUGA